AUGGCUCAAAUUCAUUAUGGCAAUGGCAGGUUAUACGUUGCUGCGGGAAGGAAUAUUUUUGAAUUUACUUUUAUAAUCGACAACAACUCUCCAAAGUUGAAACUCUACCGAAACAUCGUAGUGUCAUUCAAGAAUCCAUCAGCUUCAACUCAAAAGAAGGAGGAUCAGAUUCUAGCUAGUACACUGAGUACGGAUGGUACGUUGUUCGCAGUUGCCACCACAUCAAAAGAAUGUUUCUUAUACAAUGUUCUCAAUGACUGGAAAGAAGUACGUCCAGCGCUACAACUGCCAAAAGCAGCGACAGCUGUACUUUUCGAACUUUCCGAAAAAUUUGUAAUUGUAUCCGAUCGGGCGGGUAAUGUUCGCCGGUACAGCUUGGACGAAAAAAAUUCAGAGGGAAGCAAAAGCAGAGAACACAGUGAUGAUGAGGGAAGUUGUGAAGGCGAACUUUUGUUGGGCCAUGUAUCGAUAGUCCUAGAUAUUGAUAUAUCUAGUGACCGAAGAUUUUUGAUAAGUGCCGACCGCGACGAGAAAAUUCGUAUUUCACGUUAUCCUGAAUGUUACGUCAUACAUCGAUUUUGUUUGGGUCAUUGUUCAUACGUAAAUUCAAUUCAAUCAGAAGGCACUUUGCUUUUCUCUUCAGGUGGUGACGGUACUCUAAGGGUUUGGGACAUGGAAGAUGGAAAACAAAUUGCCCAAUGCGAUUGUUUCGAAAAAAAGGCGAUUCGUCGCUGUAGAAUGAUUCCGAAUUCUUCUUCAAAGGACAUAAAGUUGGUAGUGAUUUUCGAGUAUUGUAAAAUAGCACAAAUUGUUACCUUCAUCCAUGAAGACAAUGAUUUUAAAAUCGAGUGUUUGACUUGUUCAGAUUUUAUUCUCGACAUUGUUGUAGGAGAUAAUGGAAUUUUCGUCUUUGGUAUUACAAGGUCAUCAAUUGUCUUUGGAAGAGUAGAUGAGGGAUGCCUUAAAUCAAUUGCUGAUGUUGAUGAAUAUGUUACGAAUUGUUUGGGUUUAGUUAAAGAGACCUUAUUGCCAUUGGAAAAGAAAAUUGGAUUUAAUAACGUUGAAGAUUAUAAGCAGCGUAAAACAGAGCGUAUUAGAAGGAAAAAGAGGAAAUUAUCUAUAGAUAGUGGAUAG